GAGGAAAAAACACAAUUCUCAGAUAACAAACCAAACUCAUCUGAAUUAGAAUUAACAAGAAUCAAUAACAGUAACAAAGAAAUAUAUGCCUCUGACCAAGAAUCUCCUAAUAAACAGAAUAGAUGA